GUGCCAACAGAAGUCUCUUAUUCUCUUGCCCUUUCUCUUUUCAAUCAAGACUGUCCCCAAUCCUCACUGCCCAACGCAAUAUUCCCAACUCCUUCGCAUCUUCUCGUUCAUCUAACUAGAGCACGCAAUGGCCGUCAAGGUGGGCAUCAACGGCUUUGGCCGCAUCGGCCGCAUCGUUCUUCGCAAUGCUGUGAACCACCCCGAUAUCGAGGUCGUUCACGUCAAUGACCCUUUCAUCGAAACCCACUACGCCGUGUAUAUGUUCAAGUAUGACAGCGUCCACGGUACCUUUGACGGCACCGUCGAGGUCGCCGAGGACGGCAAGGGUCUGACCAUCAACGGGAAGCUCAUUAAAUUCACGCAAGAGCGUGACCCCGCAUCCAUCCCUUGGAGCGAGUCUGGAGCUGAAUACAUCGUUGAGUCCGCCGGUGUCUUCACCACCACCGACAAGGCCAAGGCCCAUCUCCAGGGUGGUGCCAAGAAAGUCAUCAUCUCUGCCCCAUCCUCCGACGCCCCCAUGUACGUGAUGGGCGUCAACGAAGAUAAGUACGAUGGGAAAGCCGACGUCAUCUCCAAUGCUUCGUGCACCACCAACUGUCUCGCUACCCUAGCCAAGGUCGUCCAUGAUAAGUACACCAUCAUCGAAGGCCUCAUGACUACAAUCCACGCCUAUACUGCCACGCAGAAGACUGUUGAUGGCCCAUCCUCCAAGGACUGGCGCGGUGGACGUGCUGCUGCCACCAACAUUAUCCCCAGCAGCACCGGCGCUGCCAAGGCCGUCGGCAAAGUCAUUCCUGAUCUCCAGGGCAAGCUUACUGGCCUUUCUAUGCGCGUUCCUACUGUCAACGUAUCAGUAGUCGACCUUACCUGUCGAAUUGAGAAAGGUGCUUCGUACAGCGACAUCAAGGCCACUAUCAAAGAAGCUUCUGAAGGUCCCCUCAAAGGCAUUCUCGGUUAUACUGAAGACGACGUUGUUUCCCGCGAUCUCACUAGCAACACGAACUCGGCUGUGUUUGACGCCAAGGCCGGAAUUUCCCUCAACGACAACUUCGUCAAGUUGGUUGCUUGGUACGACAAUGAGUAUGCCUAUAGCCGACGUGUGUUGGACCUGGUCGCCUAUGUCGCCAAGGCGGAUGCCGGCAAAUAGAAUGCCUAUCAUUUCUAAUUGUCACAGUUGGGAUAUAAUGUUUCGUUCUGGGAUUUGGCCUGUUCCAGACCCAGCUUUUGCAAUUAUAUACGAGGCGCGAUGAUGGCGACACUGCCUGUCUAUCUUGCAUCAGGACAUGCUUAUUGAA